AUGGAAAGAAGAAUAUGCACCGGUCAUGGAGAUUCCAAUUACAAGCACGUAGAUGUUGAUAUCGGUAAUUCUGAUUCCAAUGAAUUUUACAUGGACAAUUGUGGUAAUGUUGUAUACAUAACACGUAAAGCAUUCAGUGGUUACAAGGAAUACCUGCAUAAAGUUGAAGGAGGUCAUGUACGUAGUAUCAAGUAUCACGGUAAAGAACAAAAGGAAUUUUUAAACAUACGGAACGAUCACUACAGAAAAGUGGCCAUCUACUAUUUAUCAUACGAUGAUGGAAAUGUGCUACCACUUUUAAUCGGACUUGGCAAAUCAGGAACUAGGAACUACAAAUGUUACAAAAGGGGUGAUAUCUUUGCUCAAUACUCCCAAUGGGAGGCUUUGGAAGGAGAUGUCUCCACAAAUAUUCAAGAGAUUGCCAAAGAAAUAAGAAAUGCAGUAGUACUGAAUUUAAGUAUUACGACAGGAAUACAAUACUAUGUAAACGGGGACCCUGAAAGACCACCACUCAAUAAUGAUAUCAAGAUAAAAGUUGAUCAUAGAAUUGAACAAAACUAUAAUGUAUACCGUCACAUGCUCCAAACUCUAGACGCACGAAUUAUAUCCACCAAACACAAGAAUAGAACCAUUGCCUUUAUGAAUGCAAAAUACAAUUUAAGCUUAAAAUCUGCGUCAGUGUACUACUGGAGUGAAGAUAAGGAUCAUGAAAACCCACUGAUACUUGAGCUUAGUUACGGAUCUUCCACAGUAUAUUUUAGAUUUAGUUUGAAUAACCUAAAGUGGAACCAUGAUGGACGAAUUCUUGAUAUAGAUACUUUUAACAACGAUAUCGACAUGCAAAACUGCAUACAUAACAAAGCCCAUAGAGUGGAUAUUUCCUCUUUGGAAAAGUAUAUUUGUUCAUCUUGCAACAGCCAAACCAUUGAGAUUGUUGGCGAGGAAAUAAGAAUGUAUUAUACCAAAUGUCGCAAAGUCAAACACUAUAUUUCGUCUGGAAAAAUGUCAAUUGCUUCUUUUCACAAUAAUGGCAUUUUUCAAAGGGGUAUUCCGUCUACAAAAAAUGUGGACCAUGUUGUCGUAUACAAGUAUCCGGAAAAUGGAAGACCUAUACUCUUGGCUAUUGCGUCUGUAGACGGUAAAAGAUGGUAUAAAAUACAUAUGAACAAUCUGGAUGAAUGGGAAACAGAGAGUGGCCUUGGUGGCAAUCCAAGUUCUCUGGAAAUUUUGACAAAAUUAGGGGAGAUAACUGGGAAUAAUUCAGCCUCUAGAGGUGGUAAUAUUGCGGAAAAAUAUCCGCAUGCAAGAAAGAGACAUUCACCGGAAGUGAAUACCAUUAAUUCAGACUUUGUACUCCUUUUAAUAGUCAGCACUUUCCUUUUAGCUUCUUUGGCAUUUGAAACUUACAACUACCUAUUUUGUCCAAAAAACAGCUUCUUCAGACGUUUAUAUAGGUAUGUAUCACUAUGUCGCACAUAG